AUGAAGACCCACAACCUGUCAUUCCAAGACAGCGAGAGUCUGCAGGCGGUGUUUGAGAAGGAGAACUGUGCCAACCAUCUCCAAGCCCAGCCCAGGCUCCUGGUGGAGACGGUGGUCCACUUCCCGGCCUCGCUGGAGGAGGUGAGCGUGUCGGUCAGCGGGGAGGCCGUGCGCUUGCGAAACCAUCUGGAGGAGGAGGCAGGUGAGAGCGGGGCAGGGCAGGGCCCUCCCUGUAGGGCGUCUGAUGCAUAGUGAGGGGCGAGACGCAUGCCCACCGCCUAAACUCACCGCUGGGGU